CGCUAAACAUUCGGGUUUGGGCCUCUGUCGUAAAAAUAACAAACCAACUAUUUUGCUUGUUAUUGAACAUGAACAUGUUGUUAAAACUGAAAAGGCUGUUUAUUUAUUAAAACGCACAGGAUUCAGUCAAAGCUCACACUGCGGCAAACAAAAAUAUACACGAGUUUGUUAGUGAGUGUCAGUUUGUUUGCUCCACCUCCCCGCUCGCCCGGAGAUAGCUGCUGAAGAUGGCGGAGAGCUGGAGUACCGACGACGGGGAGUCGGUUUACCGGUCCCGGGAUUCUGUUAAGAAUCUGAAAAUACGCGUUCGCAUUCAGCGCGUCACCUCCACCACAGUGUUCUCCCAGAAGAUCCAGGAGCAGGCUGCAGAGCAGAGAGAGAAGGGACUGAUCAAGCUGUCCACUUUCAACACUCAGGCCAGCUCAGCUGCCGGUCGCCCGGACGAUGAAGAGGAUGUCACUGUGGGCUGGCAGGAGAAGCUCUUCAGCCAGUUUGAGGUGGAUCUGUUCCGCACAGAGGCGGCCUGUCAGAGCCCGCUGGACCGGCAGUAUCACAAUGAGAUCCUGCAGCUGGAGAAAUCGAGGACCCGGAAGAACCGGCGCAUCUUCACCUACACCGACUACGACCGCUUCACCAACCUGGAGGAGCACUGUCACUCUGCCACCAUCCCGGAGAUGCACGCUCCCACAUUCCUAGCGGAGAGGAUGAGCAACGUGCGCCGGAGACGCCAGGAACGGAGAAUUGCGGAAGGAAGCAUCCCGAAGUCUCGGCUGAUCACCUGGGACCCCUCGGAGGAGUUUGUGAAGAACAACCAUGUGAUCAACACGCCGGUGCAGACCAUGCACAUCAUGGGGGACCUGGGGCCCUACGGGAAGCUUGGCCAGCGAGAGAACGAGUAUGUGCUGUGCACGGUGAGAGUGGACAGCAACGGGGUCAUCACGGUCAAACCGGACUUCAACAGCUGCAAGGGACCUUACAGGUUGGAGACAGAGGGAGAGAAGCAGGAGCUGUGGAGCUACGUGGUGGAGAACGUGUCUCUGAGCAUGUCCAGGGAGGAGCAGGACCGCGAGCGACGUGUGCACAAAGACCUUUACAUUCGCCACAGAGAGUAUCUCAACAGCCUGGUCGGGCAGGACUUUGAAAUGCCUCCCCCAGGAAUUCUCCGCCUGCUCGUCAAUGGAGAGAUAGUUUCGGCCCAGGGUUAUGAAUAUGACAACCUGUAUAUCCAUUACUUCUUUGAGCUUCCCAAUAACUGGUCGAGCCAGCCCUUCCAGCAACUCUCCGGAGUGACCCAGACCUGCAGCACACGCUCCCUGGGCAGGGAGAACGUUGCAUACUUCUCCUAUCCGUUCAGCUGCGAGGCUUACUUCAGGAAAGAGGAUGAGUCUGAAGACUCAGACCCCCAGUGGCCCGUGCUGUAUUUCAAGGUGCUUUCUCUGGAUUCCUGGCAGCGCUACAGAACGGAGGGCUACGGGUACCUGGUCAUCCCUGCAACACCAGGAUGCCACACUCUGACCUGUGCCACCUGGCGCCCGAUCCAGAGUGGGACUGUGGCCGAACUGCGCAGGUUUUUCAUUGGAGGAUCCCCUGAACUGGAGGACAUCAGUUACACCAGGGUGCCCGGGACCUUCAAGGGGGAGCGGCUCAGUCGAUUUGGGUUCCGCAGUGAGACCACUGGAAGCGUUUCCUUCAAACUGCACUGUAUCCAGCAGUCCAGGGCGUUCAUUGAUGCAAGCGCGCUGAGGAAGAGGAGGCGGAGUGUGCUGGAUCGACUCGGAGGGUUCAGCCAGCAGAGCUCCAUUUACAAUGUGCUGGACGCGUUUCAGAAAGCUCGUCGGCGCAUGCAGGACGCCCGCCAGAGCCUUCCCCAAGACCUUCUGAACUCCACAGCGUCCUCCACAGGCUAGUCCACGGCACAGCGCCUGCCAGGGGAGCUCCUGGAGUGAGGCUGAUCUAUCGGAUUGUCUCCCUCUACUAGCCUUGCAUUGGACACCCACCUUCUCUUUACACACUUACUCCUCCAUUAUGGGAUGCAAGUGCAGUAUUUUAUUAUUUUAUCUGCACAGAAAAUAUAUUCUUACCUGUUCAACUUCUGCUGUAAAGGACCAAUCAAGUGCGCAGUCUAAAACCUUGAAGGUGCAUUGUGUCUCAGGGCUGCUACAAAGUUACCUUGGGGUGGUGAUAGGGUAGUUUCAUCUUACAAAUUCAUCUUACAUUCUUAGCUGCCUUUGCUGAAAGAAAGUGUUUUUUUUUUUUUAUUACAUUUUUUAAGACAAAAUGUUAACAGUGUCAACAUAGGGGUCCAUUGUUAAUUUUU